CGAUGCUCUUAGCGUCCUACGAGUACCUACGAGCACCCCUGGAGUACUCGUUAGCUACGAGCGUUUUCAAGACGUUCGUUCCCCACGAUGCUUUCGGGAAACGCGGUGAAAACUCUACGAUGCCCUUUCGACGCACUUCACGAUCCACUUAGGCUAACGACGCUUUCGGGAAACGGGGCCCAGGUCAGGUCGAGGGGACCCCCUCCACCACAUGUUGGUGUUUCUGGACGCUUUCCUUCUCACGGAUUCUCCUUGUUUUCAGAUUUACGUUUCAUCCACUCUCAUCUCAUUCUCAAAUUUCUAUGAUCUAGCUUCAGAAUUUAAACUUCCUCAGGGUGGGGAAGAUGUACAUUAUUAUUAUUAUUAUUACAUUAUACACACACACACACAGACACACACACACGAUGUGGGGGCGGGGCCAGGAGAGGACGCGUGUUGUUCAGGAAACCCGACGAGGAAGCACUUCUCUCUUUCAGGACAACAACACAACACGUUUUGGGACGCACAGGCUGACAGACAGCAACCGCAACAAGGAAUGGCCUCUGCUACAUUCUGGUCUGAGGAGGACUUCUCCUGUUCCAUCUGUCUGGAUGUGUUCAACAGCCCAGUUUUCACUCCAUGUGGACACAACUUCUGCAGAACCUGUAUAGCAGCGUGCUGGGAUGUCCGAGGUCAGUGCAGAUGCCCUUUUUGCAACGAGCUGUUCCACACAAGACCUGAUUUACGGGUGAAUACCUUGAUAUCGGAGAUGGUUGAUCGGUUCAGAAGUUCUUUACGAGGCGAAACGCAGCCUUGUGUUGAACCAGACCUUCGGAUCCCUGAAGGAUCCUCCAACCACCAGGGACAGGUCGACGGUGGAGGUCCGUCCUCCGUCAUACGUAGGGACCUUGUGGAGAGCCCUGGAACAGCUGAGAGGCGGAACACGGAGACGAAGAGGCUGGCUGAACUGAGAUCAGCUCCAAACGAGUAUACCUGUGAACUCACAAUGGACCCGAACACGACCCACAGAGACCUCUCUCUGUCUGAGGACAACAGGAAGGUGAUUGUGUUUGGAGAGGACCAGUCGUAUCCGGAUCACCCAGAGAGAUUUGACUCCCAUUACCAGGUGCUGUGUAGAGAGGCUCUGACUGGCCGCUGUUACUGGGAGGUAGAGAUCGAAGAAGUUGUUGUGAUCGGAGUGACAUACAGAGGAAUCGCAAGGAAAGGAAAGGGUGGUGACAGCGGGCUUGGAUGGAACAACAAGUCCUGGAUUCUUCGAUGGGAUAAAGAUGGUUAUACUGCCGUGUACAACGGUAUAGAGACAGUCCUCCCUCUCCCCCCCGCUGGCUCCACCAGAGUAGGAGUGUAUCUGGACCGGCCUGCUGGCUCUCUGUCCUUCUACAGAGUGUCCCCAGGUGGAGGAGGGUCCUCAGACACACUGACACACCUCCACACCUUCUGGUCCUCCUUCACCCAGGAGGACCUCCUCCCUGGGUUUGGGGUAUGGGAUUAUUAUAGCACAGUGUCUCUGUGACGGAUGUAGAAAGAGGAAAACACACUCACAUGGAUGGACGUGCUUGGGUGCAUUUUACACACGCGCACUCAUGCACACGCACACACACACACACAGAAUAUGCUCCUUCAGGGACUGAAGGAAGUGGCUUUUGCCUCCAUUCAUGCUAUUUUGUAAUGAUCUUUUUGUUAUUAUGUUUUAUUUGAAGGGAUAAAUGCUAUUUUAUAUUUUGUUUGGUCCAUUAGAUGUCAUCUUAAAUGUAUUAUUUGUCCAUUCACGUUCAUCUGGCUCUGCUUUUUACAGCAAUAAAUCAUUUUGUCUGAAGUAACUCAGUUCUUGAGAAGUCUUUUCGCCAGAUCAUUUGAUCUGAUAACUACUAUUACUUAUAUUGAAGUUCAAAACUUUAAAUAAGUUCAUAACUUGUUCCAUAUUAAAGUCGACUGUUAUACAUAGGUUAUUGGCAGUGCUCAUUCUGUGUCAUUAUCUACUUUAAUUAUCACUACUAAUAUAAACCCUUAUCUUGUUCCGUCUUAGUAUGUCUUCUAU